AUGGAGAUCUGUUUUUGCCAACCGAUAUCAUCAUCAACAUAUAUAAUUUCCAAACUUCCAUUCAAGGCCAUCAUUCACUGCAAGUGCCUUAACAAAUCAUGGCAUGACUUGCUUUCAAGUCCUUAUUUCGCUCAACUACGCUUUUCCAAGGUACCCUCCAAGUCCACCCUCUUGCUUUUCACUAAUUAUUUUUCUCCUGCCCCUACACCAAAGAAGUUGAUCUACUUGUAUGACAUCACGGUAAGUGCUAAUGAUAAAGACAAGCUUUGCGGUGUCGUUGAUGUCAAGCCCUUGAAUUUCAUGUGGACUAUAGAGAUCGGAUAUGAUCUGAUUGAUACGGAUCAACGCUCGAAAUUCAGCUCAAUAAAUGAAGAUUGGAUUUUGGGAAAUAAUCUUUCCAAAGGCAAUGGGUACUUGCCGGCGCCAGUUCGGUCCAAUCCCAAUCUUUCUAACGACAACCUGGUAAAGAAUUGCAUCAUUGGAGUCCCCAAAGGCUGUCUUAAUUUUCGUACCACAAAUAAGCAGAAACUGACCAUGAUUUCUAAUUUGGUGGGUCCAGAUUCUGAUACGUGGACCAAUGAGAUUGAAGAUUUUGAUGGAGGCUCACAACCACUAAUCUCAACCUCAUUUCCUAGCCACUAA